AUGGUGCAGCUUUCACAGUCUCCACUUCGCCGCCCUUCACCUUCAUGCCACUCUGAGGAAGGGGAAGAGAAGAGCAUGAAGCCAGAUAAGCAGCAGGUGACCCAAGGUCCUCGAGGGGAUAACCAGCCUCCCAUGAGCCCCCUGCAGGCAGCUUUGAAUUCUGCAGCUACAGCUUCUCAGGCAUACGAGACUUACAUUGAUAAUGGACUUAUCUGCUUGAAACACAAAAUCAGGAAUAUUGAGAAAAAGAAGUUCAAGUUAGAAGACUAUAGGGAUCGCCUGAAAAGGGGGGAAGUCCUUAAUCAAGAUCAGUUGGAAGCUGUUGAAAAAUAUGAAGAAGUCAUACAUAACUUGGAGUUUGCUAAAGAACUUCAGAAGACAUUAAGACCUGAUUCACUAUUAAAAGUACAGCGGAAAGCGCAACGAAGGGAAACCUUAAUGAAGCUUGAAGCAGAGAAGAAAAAGCUCCGCACAAUACUGCAGGUCCAGUAUGUGCUGCAGAAUUUCACUCAAGAGCAUGUGCAGGAAGACUUCAGAAGUGGCUUGAAUGGUGCAAUAUACUUGCCUUCUAAAGAAUUAGACUACCUCAUUAAGUUUGCAAAAUUGACAUGUUCAGGAAGAAAUGAAACUGUUAGCAUUGAAGACCAAAUGGAGCAAUCAUCACUUUGUUUCUGGGAUCUGCUAGAAGGCAGUGAAAAAGUAAUAGUUGGGACAACCUAUAAGCAUCUGAAGGAUUUGUUAUCAAAAUUGAUAGAUUCUGGAUAUUUUGAAAACAUUCCUGACCCUUGCAACAAACCAGAGAAAGAGGAAUUGAAAGAGGAAAAGCCUGAAAAAAACAGACAGUUAUCAAAACCAGAGUCUGUCAAUGAAAUUGAAUCUCAAAGGCAGCAUGUUCAAUCUGAAAUACAACCUCAAGAAUUUCUUAAUAGGCGCUAUUUGCCAGAAGCAGACUAUGCUGUCAAGCCUGAAGGAUCCAAACACUGGGAAAUAGAACAUGCUGCAAAAAGUGAUCCCCCCAAAUCCUGGGAAAUGCUGGUUGAUGUUGAGGAUGAGAAACAGAAAAGGCAAAAUACAGAAUCCAUGAAAUCAUUAGAAUCUGUAAACCAGGAAGGGAAGAAGAAGCUGGAACUUUCGCAGCCAUGGGAAUCUCCUCUUCAAGAAGUUGAUGGUCAUAAGCAGGACGCUCCAAAGUCUUGGGUGGCCCCCGUUAGGGAAGAGCAGGCCUCUUCCAAACCCUGGGUAACAAAAGCGAAAGAAGAGCAGGAACCAAAGCAAGAAGGUCCCAAGACUUGGAUAACUAAAACUAAAGGAGGAUUGGAACAAAACCAGGAAAAGCCAAAAAUAUGGGUGUCUCAAACUAAUAGGGAAACUUUGAAAAAAACAGAACCCAUGAAGCCUUGGGAUGCACGUGUCCGAGAGGAGAUGGAACAAAAGAAACAGCAGCCUGAAAAGCCAUGGGUGGGGCAUAUAAGAGAAGAGGAUGACCAAAAAUCUCAGCCUCCAAAAGUUUGGGAAACUUCUGAGAGAUCACAGCAAGUGGCCCAGCAGCCAUUACAGAAUGCUCCUAAGAUCUGGGGAGUUGGGAAUCUUGUGCCAAAGGAGCAGACUGAGCUAAAGAAGCUUGAUGUGGAACUGAAAGAAAGACAAGAAUGCAGAUCAAAGCUUGAAUCAGAUGUGAAAAAAAAUGGAAAGACGGGUGGAGUAAAUGAACACAGCAUUGAUGCAUCAAAGAAAAAAGGGAGCUUUCAGUCAGUUGGAGAAUCAUGUAAAUUACCAAGGAAUAUCCAAAACAUCAUGCAGGUAGCUAAGCCUGUGCACCAAACAGCUGCCGAGUUUUGCUCUACUUCUAGCCUUCCAAAGGAUCCAGUACUCAGAAGGGAAAAAUUGCAAGAUUUGAUAACUCAAAUUCAGGGGACUUAUAACUUCAUGCAGGAAUCACUUCUGGAUUUUGAUAAACCUUCACAAAGUGCUGGCUGUUCAUCACAAGCCUCUUCUGUUGAUUCUUCUGCUUCUAAUGAACAACUUUCAAACCAAAAUGACUUCUCUGAACAAUCAGUGCAGAGUGCUUCUUCUCCCAUGACCUUGCAUGGAUCAAACACUUCCUUAGUUUCUGAUAACACAUUGUCUGGAUCAGAAACUGAACUUCAUUCACCACAAGUUCCUACUCCAGUUUCAAGUGAAUCACAGACACCACUGACACCCUCAAGAACUAGCGUGUCGCCAGAACAUCAAGGGAAAGUUUUUCAAUCUCUUCCAUCAAGUAGCAGUGGUGUUAAUGUAAAAGCACCUCCUUUUCAGGCUAUGCAGACUGUGUUCAAAGUGAAUGCACCAUUGCCACCUCGUAGGGAGCAGGAUGCGAAAGAGAAUUCUCUGCAUUCUACAGGAUACAAUCAGAAUUUUUCAACAGCAAGCACACAGACGCCGCCUCCGUGUAAAUUACUAUCUACUCAAAAUGCAGAACAAAUAACUUUUUCACAAGAGUCCCUUUCAAACGGUACUUGCCAGACUGAGGGAGCUGUUCCUGUCAGCAAUGGUACCCUCACUUUUUAUGCAGCACAGACAGCCACUUUCUCUAGACCAUCUCAGCCUUUUAUUGCAAACCGUGGAUCUAUCAGAGGUUCUCUCAGGGGUGUAAGAUCAGUGGCCAAUUCUUAUCGUUCCCCUGGUGGAUAUAAAGGUUUUGAAGCUUACAGAGGACCGUCUUCAAUCCCUAAUGGAACCUAUAGCCAAUUACAACUUCCUGGCAGAGAUUACUCUUCAGUGCAGUAUUCUCAGAGGGAUAUGAAUUACCAACCAAAUUAUAAGCGAGGAGGUAUUAAUAGUGGUCGAACUAAUUCAAGAGCAGGAUGGAACGAUUCUUCUCAGGUGAGCAGUCCAGAACGUGACAAUGAGAUGUUUAACAGUGGGGACACUGGGCAGGGCGAUUCCCGCAGCAUCACUCCUGUUGAUAUGCCUGUGACGAGCCAAGCAGCCACCAUUCUACCUGUACACGUCUAUCCCCUCCCACAGCAGAUGAGAGUUGCCUUUUCUGCUGCUAGAACUUCUAACUUGGCUCCUGGAACUUUAGAUCAACCCAUCGUGUUUGACCUCUUGUUAAACAAUCUUGGCGAAACCUUUGAUAUACAACUUGGUAGGUUCAAUUGUCCUGUUAAUGGUACUUAUGUAUUCAUAUUCCAUAUGCUGAAGCUAGCUGUUAAUGUACCAUUAUAUGUGAACCUCAUGAAAAAUGAAGAGGUUCUAGUCUCUGCGUAUGCCAAUGAUGGUGCUCCAGAUCACGAGACUGCAAGCAACCAUGCAGUCCUCCAGCUCUUUCAAGGAGACCAGAUUUGGCUACGUCUUCAUAGAGGAGCUAUUUACGGAAGUAGUUGGAAAUAUUCUACCUUUUCAGGAUAUCUCCUGUAUCAAGACUGA